CCCAGACUGUGAUGAAAUACAAACUCCACCCCUUGUUAAAGAAGGUAACCUCCAAGCCUAUAAAUAUCUUUCCCAUGGCUCAGGGCUACUAACUUCUGGAGACGUUUUUAAGGAGUUCCAGUAAGCACAGGCUGGCUGGAGCUUCUGCCAUGGAGGCGCUGGCUUUCACAGAGGGGCCCAACCCUCACAGUGACCCCCAAACAGCAAGAAACUAUAGGAUUACCCUGUGUCUUGCAGCAUGUUUGGUCAUCUUGAUGCUGGUUUUACUUCCAUUUUCUAUUGCCUGCAUUCUUCUCCAUCACAAACAGGUAAGCAUAUAACAAACCUCUAGAGAAAGAUUUAUUUAAAACAUUUUCCUCCUACUCUUCAGCUGAGAAAGCUCCCAGAGUGAGAUCAUUAACAAAUAAGCCAGUCGCUGCCCUCAGGUUUACAACCACAAGACAGCAGAAAAGGCGAGGGGGGGAGGGGGCAAGCAAACAGGGGCUCCAGUUCUUGCGAGUUACAAAGUUCUUGCGAGGAUCCCCUUGAGGGAGAAGCGCCCAGAGGGGUGAGUGCUAAGGGGGUGCCCCCCAGUUCUCAUCUAUGAUGCUGCUGCUGCAGCCCAAUGGAACGACUGAUGUUAGUAUAUCGAUGAUUUGUAUUAAUUAGUAGUUGUAACAAUUUUAUGUCUAUGGUAACUUUAUGGGAAAUACAAUACUGGAACUUUGCAGCAUUGGUCUAGUGGAAUUUUAAGGAAGAGCCAGUGCAAAAUAGUUAUUAGACUGCUAUGACUCAGGAGACCCCAGGUCAUAAAGUCACGAAACAUCUUUGGGGCCAUUCAUGCGCCCCAGGCCCUUGUGGCGUGGAUAAAAUGGGGAAGGGGAGAAACCAUACCUGCCUCCUAAAGCUCCUUGGGAGGUGGGAUAGAAGAGGCAUCAAUGAAUCUCUGCCCUGCGGCAGGGGGGUGCUUUUCUGCCCAUGGCCCAGGUGUUACCGACAGGUGGUGUCUGAAGGAAAAGUGGGUGAAGCAACAGGUGUGGGUCUUGCCUUCAGUGGCGAAGCAAGCCGCUCAGGCGCCUGGGGUGGCAUGACCAGGGGCGGGGCGAGGUGCCCAUAGGGACGGGGCACACUGUGGAGCCUCCGGAGUCUGCCUGCCUCCUCCCACUCAGCCGUCCUGCAGCUGGGGGGGGGGGAGCAGCGGGCAGACUGUUUGGGCAGUGCAGAGCCUGCACGCACCCAAGCCACCGUGUCUCUCUCAGGAGAGACAUGUGGCUCGGGCACGCUGCAGGCCCCGUAGUGAGUGUUGCCUGGCAUUUUGUCACCCCCCUCAGUGGUGACACCCGGGGCAGCCCACCUCCACCGCACCCCCCUUCCUCCACCCUGCUUACCUUUUCACAGCAGGCUCCCCUCCAGCCACUCAAGCAUACUAGAUGCCCCCACCGCUCUAUCGUAGAACCGGGCGACAAUGCCAACCAGGCAAAAAAAAAACCCUCAGGUUGUCUGGAGAGUGUGGCCUGGCAAGAGGGUGUGAGGCCUGGAAAGAGUGUCAAGGGCCAGGUAUAGGGGCCUGGAGGGAAAUAGUUGGCCCCAGAACUGAGGUUCCCCAUCUGUGCUCUAUGAGAUGUUAUUUUUAGUUCCUCCUUGUCCAUGGUCAGAGGAGCUGUGACAAAGCACUGUGGCUUCCACUAAUAGCACAAAUCACAGAAUCAUAGAAUUAUAGAGCUGGAAGAGCCCCUGAGAAUCAUCUAGUCCAACCCCCUGCAGUGCAGGAAUAUGCAGCUGUCCCAUACAGGGAUCGAACCUGCAACCUUGGCGUUAUCAGCACCAGACUCUGGCACACCCUGCUACCCUGCUCACGAGGUGCAGUUCCAUGACAAUUGUUCAUCAGGUCAGGGUGGCGGGGGAAGCCAGCCAGUCAGAACUCUGAGUUCUUUAAGAAAAGUAGUCUAUUAUUUAUAUGGGUCUUAUGAGGAUUCAAGCAGAGGUACUGGCGUAAACGAGCAUCCCACCGCAAAUCGUUGCAAGCAGAAUAAUCAUGUGCCUGGCUCAGGAAUGAGGUUGAAAUUCAAUUUGGUUCACAUUUGCCUGGUUUGCACUUUCAGAAACAAUAUGCAAAGUGAAAUGGUCAUCUGUCAAGAUUCUCCCUUUGCCAGUUCUCCAGCCCAGCAAUGUGUACAAAAAUGCAAGCACAAAGGUAAAGCUUGCAUCCUUAUUCAAGUAUAAUAAUGAAGAUCUGAAGAAGAAGGAACUGAUGACUCGUUUCCUUUUUGCUUCAUGAGGAACAAUAGCUAAAUACUGGGGGAAAUUCAGUUUAUGACUCUAGAAUAUGGGUACACUAGUGGCCAAAAUUGUGGAAACAUUUUGGGAAAAGUGUAUUUCCAAGGUUUGAUGGCUCAUAACACCACUUCUUCUUUUUUAGUAAUACCGUAAAAUAUCAAUGGAAUGAAGAAUGUAAUGUAACAAAGUUUGUUGAAUUAUCUGUAUUCUAUCAAAAGUUAUAGCCAAAGAACCAGAAAAAGGAAGCACAACUUGCUUAGGUUGAUAUGCAGUAGCUUUCCUUCAUUUGAAUGUAGCCAAUGAGCACGAGUGUUUAGAGAGCCAAUCGGGUGUCAUCUUGUUUUGGCAAUGAUUCAGUCAGGUCACGGUAGGAUUCAGCUACUGAUGGUAUGUACUAGAGCUGUGAGGACAUUGGUCAGUGUGUUGUGUGAUUGCUAUCAAGUUGGUUGGAUUUUUUGUGUUCUUUCAUUUAGUGAGCUUGUAAAACAUAAUAAAUAACUUUAAAGAAAUGGCGCAAAGAGUUGACUGGUCACCCAGAAAGUGAAGUAAAAUAGUACAAUUAAGUGAACAAAGCUAAACUUAUAAAGAAAUUAGAAGAAAAAAUGGUGGAAACUUAACCAAAGGUGGCAUUUCUAAUUUUUUGAAGAGGUAUAAGGAGACUCAGUCACUACAAAAUCAGACUGGUAAAGGCAGCAAAAGGUGCACAACAGCAAGUGAUGAUAGAGGAAUUGAGAGACUGUGCCCACGUGACAGAAGAAAAUCAUCUGAGUGUAUACAAGAUGACAUGGCGUGAUGUAAUGUGAAGUUGAGUGCAAGGACAGUUCGGUGCAGACUGCAGGAAUAUGGUCUAAAUGCUAGAAUUCCAAGGGAAAAGCCAUUGCUAUCUCUCAAACAAAGGUUGAAAAGGCUAAACUGGGCUAAACCCAUGUUAACUGGACAGUGGAACAAUAGGACAGUGUUAUUUGGAGUGAUGAGACCAAAAUCUCUUUGCUCGGUUGUGAAAUAUGUGAGAAGAAUUGCAGAAGAUUUACAUCUUCCUUUUAUUAAGAUAAAGGUAAAGGACUCCUGGAUGGUUAAGUCCCGUUGAAUUUGACUCUGGGGUUGCGGCGCUCAUCUCGCUUUCAGGCCAAGGGAGCCGGCGUUUGUCCACAGACAGCUUUCCGGGUCAUGCGGCCAGCAGAACUAAACCGCUUCUGGCACAACGGGACACCGUGACGGAAGCCAGAGUGCAUGGAAACGCAGUUUACCUUGCCACCACAGCACAACUGUGUGGAAAUGAUUUUUGAAUUUGCAAUUACCUUCAACGGAUUGAUAAAAACAGAAGAUGGAAAUUAUUGUUUCUAGCUAAAGGACAGCUUAUUUGUCUUGGAAAGGAGAUAAAACAAAUACGUUUGGACAUAUGCUUGUUACAAAUGGCAGAAAGCCAGAUUUCCUCCAUUUUGGGAUGUGCCACAGUGGAAAAUCACAGACAUGAGAAAAGUGAAAGUGAAAUGCCACGGACAGGAAAAUAAACACCCACACAGAAAUAUAUUAUAUUGGUCUAACCUGCUUGCCAGACGAACUAACGAAGGAUCACCAUCAGAUUGUCCUAUUGGAAUUACCUGGACUAAUUAAAGAGAAGCAGUACAAAUAUGAGAUCAUCAUCAUCCCCCGAACCUCAGAGCACGGGAAGUCAACCAAAGAUUUAUAAUUUGGCAUAAAAUUUGGACUGUUUGUUAAUUUUAUAAUUUGGAAUGUUUUUAAUGUGGUUUUAAUUAGAUUGUUAAAAUGGAAAACUUAAUAAAUAUUAUUAUAUAAAAAAUAAAAAAAUAAAACAAAUUCAGAGAAAGCUAUUACCGUAUUUUUCGCUCUAUAGGACGUACAGGACCAUAGGACGCACCUUGUUUUAGAGGGGGAGAACAAGAAAAAAAAAAUCUCCCCCUCUCUGCCCAGUGCCCCUUCAGCGAAGCGGCAGGAGGCGCUGUGCAGAGAGGGGGAGAAUUCCCCCUUGUUCUCCCCCUCUAAAACAAGGUGCCCUUCAAGGUGCGUUCAGUCGCCUACAGGCGGCUACCUUGGAAGCCUGGAGAGCGAGAGGGGUCGGUGCGCACCAACCUCUCGCUCUCCAGGCUUCAGGUUCCUUUUGACCUGCUCUUUGGGGCUGGCGGUGGGAAGCCCACCGCCAGCCCCAAAGAGCAGGUUGGGGAGCAGCGGAAAGGCACGCAGCCUUCUGCUGCUCCCCGAGCUUGUGGGGCUGGCGUGGGGGGAAGCGCUGCUUUCCCCCACCGCCAGCCCCAAAGAGCAGGUUGGGGAGCAGCGGAAAGGCAUGCAGCCUUCCCGCUGCUCCGCAAGCUUCUCGGGGCUGCCAGGGAAGCCCGGGGCUAUGGCUUCUUUAGCCCCGUGCACCCUCUCCCGGCUGGAGAGGUGGCGCACGACUAAAGAGGAAGCCAAGACACCGAGCAGGAUGCUUCCCGCUUGCUGUCUAUGCUUCCCACUCACUGUCUUGGCUUCUGCCAUAGCCGCUCUCCAGCCGGGAGAGGCUGCCCGCGUCUAUGGCAAUACCCCCACCUCCCGCAAAAGCCCACAGGAGCCCUUUAAGGAGUGUGCGGCUUCUAUGGGCUUUUCUACGAGGAGGCAGAAGGGACUGAUUGGCCACGUCAGUCCCUUCUCCCUCCUGAGGAAAAGCCCGCAAGAGCCGCGCGGAGUUUGUGUGUGGCUUUUGGGGGCUUUUUCUGCCUGCCUCCCCCCUGCAUUCGCUCCAUAGGACGCACACACAUUUCCCCUUCAUUUUUGGAGGGGAAAAAGUGCACCCUAUAGAGCGAAAAACACAGUAAUUAAAAAUGUCUCGUAUUAGUGAAAAUAAUAUACAAAAUGCAUUACAUUACAAGUAAUUGCAUAGGAAAAUGUCUGUUAGGAGAAAUUCGCACUAAGAAGCUGAUCAAUUCUCAAGAUGACUUUUAAAAAUUAAUUCACAGACUGAUGUGGAAAUGAUUGGAUAAAUGAGAAAGAUACUUUUUAUAAUAAUAAUAUUUGAAUUAUUAUUAUUUGUUUAUGUAUUUUUAAUAAUCUUUAUUAGUUUUGCACAUAAACACAUAUACAUAGAUAACAAGCCAUACAAAGCAAAAGUAACGAAAGUAAAGAAAAAAAGAAAGAAAGGAAAAUACAAUAUAUUUCAAUUAAGUAACAAGUUAAAAUGUAAAACUUCCAAUCAUUCUCAUUAUACUACUUAUAUUGUCUAUGUUUUCUCGCACAGAUUUAUAUUAUUUCACAUUAUUUUUAUAUAUUCCGAUAAGAUAUCUGAUACACUUUUUGCUUACAAGUAUCAAUCUAGUUCUGCAAGUAUGUUGUUGUUUGUACAAUACAAUUUUAAAUAUUCCUUAAAUAUUUUCCAUUCUGCAUAUACUUUCUGGUUUGAAACUCCUCUGACUCUUCCUGUCAGUUUUGCUAGUUGCAGGUACUCUGUCAUAAGAGUCUGCCACUCUGUUAUCGUUGGUAGUGUUUCAUUUUUCCAGUUUCUUGACACUAUUAUUCUAGCUGCUGUGAUUGCAUCCAUAAACAAUGGUCUUAUACUUUUUUAAAAUUCUAUUGGUAGUAUAGCUAAUAGGAAGAUCUCUGGGGGUUUUUUAAAUGUAAAUUUAAACAACUUUUUCAGUUCGCUGUAGAUGUUGUUCCAAAAUUCAGGGAUAACCAGACAUUUCUACCACAUAUGAAAAUAUGACUCUAUGUCCUUUUUGCAUCUCCAGUAUGUUGGCGACCUGCCUUUAUACAUUUUAGCGAGUUUUAAAGGGGUGUGAUGCCAUCUGUAUAACAUCUUCAUAGUGGUUUCCCUGAGGUAGCAUGCCCUGAAUUUAAUAUCUGUCCUCCACAAUCUUUCCCAUUGUUCCAUGUAGAUAUUGUAUCCAAGGUCCUGCACCCACCUUACCAUUACUAGUUUAACUUCUUCCUCUUUUACUUCCCAUUCUAAUAAGUAGUCAUAAAUUCGUGAAAUGUGUUUUCCUUUAUUGUGGGUUAACGCUUUUUCAAAUUUGGAUGUUUCUUUUGCAAGACCUUCUUUCUUAUCUAUACACAAUCUUUGGUUUAACUGAAAAUAUUGGAGCCAAUUCGACAGGUGGCUUUUGAUUUCAUCAUAUUUCUUCAAAGUUGGCUCAUCUUUAUCCGCUUCUAGUAAUAAUCGGUACGUGGGCAACUCUCGUUUCAUAUUCCUCUUUUUAACUGCUAUGACUUCUGCGGGUGAGGUCCACAUUGGUAUCUUUGGCUUCAGUAAUCCUUUAUAUUUAAUCCAUAUCUUAUAAAAUGAUUUUCUUAUCACAUGGCUCAAAAACCCCUUGUGGACCUUCACUUUUUCAUACAUUAAGUAAGCGUGCCAUCUGUACCGAUUGUCAUGGCCUUCAAGAUCUAACACAUCGGUAUCUUUUAAAUCGAUCCAUUCUUUUAGCCAUACCAAUCCUGCAGUUGCAUGGUAUAAUUCUAGGUCUGGAAACGCAAAGCCUCCUCUCUCUUUUUUAUCUAUUAGUAAUUGGUGUUUAAUUCUCGGUUUCUUUCCGUUCCAAACAAAUCUUGCUAUUUCCUCUUUCCAUUCUUGGAAACAUUUCAAUCUUCCCAGCAUUGGUAUUGUUUGGAACAAAAAAAACAUUCUGGGAAGAAUAUUCAUUUUCACUGCUGAGAUUCUUCCCCAAAGAUAUUUUUUUAAAAAGAUCUUUCCAGGAUUUAAUGUAGUUGUCUUCAUACAGGUUUAUACUUUUGGUUCAUAUCCAGAUCCCCAGAUAUUUAACCUUAUUAUUAAUUAUUUAACCUUAUUAUUAAUUUCCAGGCCUGUUCUUUCUUAUAAUUCUCUUUUCUCUUCCCGUGUUAAGUUUUUGGUCAUUAUUCUUCCAUAUUUUCUUUUGUUGUUGUUUAGUCAUUUAGUCGUGUCCAACUCUUCGUGACCCCCUGGACCAGAGCACGCCAGGCACUCCUGUCUUCCACUGCCUCCCACAGUUUGGUCAAAAUCAUGCUGGUAGCUACGAGAACACUGUCCCACCAUCUCGUCCUCUGUCAUCCCCUUCUCCUUGUGCCCUCCAUCUGUCCCAGCAUCAGGGUCUUUUCCAGGAGGUCUUCUCUUCUCAGGAGGUGGCCAAAGUCUUGGAGCCUCAGCUUCUGGAUCUGUCUUUCCAGUGAGCACUCAGGGCUGAUUUCCUUAAGAAUGGAUAGGUUUGAACUUCUUGUAGUCCAUGGGACUCUCAAGAGUCUCCUCCAGCACCAUAAUUCAUAUUUUACUAAUUAGGUCUAUAGCUGCUGGUAUGCUUUGUUUCAGAUCUUGUGUUGUUACAAUUAGAUCAUCGGCGAAUGCUCUAACUUUAUAAGACUUUUCCCCAAUCACUAUUCCUUUUGUAUUUUCGUCUUUCCUGAUAUUUUGUAAAAGUGGUUCUAGGGCUAAUAUAAAUAACAGAGAUGACAAAGGGCAUCCCUGUUUUGUCUCUUUUGCGAUGGGGAUAUUAUCUGUAAGGUUGCCAUUUAUAAGAAGUCUAGCUCUUUGUUGGUGAUAUUUGCUUCAAUUCCAUUUCUAAAUUUUGUUCCUAGUUCCAUUAUUUCUAUCUGUUUUUUCAUAAAAUGCCAGGAGACAUUGUUGAAUGCCUUUUCCGUACUGAGUAAUAACAAGGCUGCCUUUUUAUCACUUUUAGCUACUAGAUAUUCCAAAAUAUCAACAAUGUUUCUGGUAUUUCCUGAAAUUUGCCUUCCUGGGAGAAACCCCGUCUGGUUUGGGUGAAUGAUUCCUCUGAUAGCUUCUUUAAGCCUGCUUGCCAAUAUAUUGGCAAAGAGUUUAUAAUCACAGUUUAAUAGUGAUAUUGGCCUGUGACUGGAUAUUAACUCUGGGUCACCUCCCUGUUUAGGUAUUAGUGUUACAUAGGCUUCUUUCCAUGAGUUGGGGAUUUUCCCUUGAUUAAGGGUGUUAUUCAUUAUUAUCUUCCAUUUUUUAAUAGAAUUCCACUGGGAGACCAUCUGGGCCUGGUGUUUUCCCUGUUUUAGCCUUCUUGAUUGCAUUCCUGAUUUCUAAUGUUGAUAUCGGAGCAUUAAACAUUUGGACUUUCUCUUUUUUAACCUCUGGGGUUUUCUGUUGGGUUACAUAAUCUUCUACUUCUUCCCCUAUGUCUACAUUUUUAAAAUACAAAUCUUCAUAACAUUUAAGAAAUUUUUGUAAUAUUAGUUUGGGAUCACCUAUUUUUAUUCUGUUGAUUUGUUUUUCCUUUUUCCUUUUUUGAGUUGUUUAUGUGCAAAUUCAAAAUUGUUCUGUUUAAACAUUUUCAGAUUCCAUUCAAUUUCUUGUUCUAUUUUCGACUUGUAUUCUGCCUGUAAUAAUUUGAUUUCUUUUUUUAAUUUUUUCAUUGUUUAGUUGUUUAUUCAGCUCUUUUUCCUUUUCCUUUAUUUCUUCUAACAAUCCCAUUUUCUCCUUAUCGCUUUCUUUUCUUUGUAAGGCAUUUAGUUUUAUAAAGUAUCCCCUAAUAACCGCCUUGCCAGUGUCCCAUAUUGUUCCAACGUCACUCACUUGUUUAUUAUUUAAUUCAAAACAUUCCUUCAAUGUAUUUUUAGUACCCUCUACUAUUUUUUCCUUUUUCAAUAAAGAUUCAUUCAAUUUCCAUCUCCUUGUUCCUGUUCUCCAAUCUGAUUUUAUUCUUAAUAAGACCAGGUUAUGGUCUAAGAUUGUUUUUGGUAUAAUCUGUGACCCCGCAAUCCUUUUAAGCAUAUCUAUGGAAACCCAUAUGGAGUCCAUCCUGCUAGCCGAUUUAUUUGGUUUGGAAAAAUACGUAUAUUAUCUCUCUAAAAGGUGAAGGUACCCCUGCCCGUACGGGCCAGUCUUGACAGACUCUAGGGUUGUGCACUCAUCUCACUCUAUAGGCCGGGAGCCAGCGCUGUCCGCAGACACUUCCGGGUCACGUGGCCAGCGUGACAAGCUGCAUCUGGUGAGCCAGCGCAGCACACGGAACGCCGUUUACCUUCCCGCUGGUAAGCGGUCCCUAUUUAUCUACUUGCACCCGAGGGUGCUUUCGAACUGCUAGGUUGGCAGGCGCUGGGACCGAACGACAGGAGCGCACCCCACCGCGGGGAUUCGAACCGCCGACCAUGCGAUCGGCAGAUCCUAGGCGCUGAGGUUUAACCCACAGCGCCACCCGUGUCCCAUUAUCUCUCUAGCCCAUGCUUAUAUCUCCAAGAGUCUUUUAAGUCAAAGCUUUCAGUCAUAUUCACAAAGCUAGACUGUAAUUUCCCCUGUCCUUUAUUCCCUCCAGAUCUGUCUAGUUGUGGGUUUAUUACCCCAUUAAAGUCUCCGAGUAGUAAUACUUUAUCUUCCAGGUAAUCCAACAGCUUUGUUUCUAAGUUCUUGAAAAAAGCUGCUUUUUUCUCAUUGGGAGCAUACAUCCCUACUAUAAUAAUUUAUAGUAUUAUUAUUAUUAUUAUUAUUAUUAUUAUUAUUAUUAUUAUAUUUGAAUUUAUACCCCUCCUUUUUCCCUGACAGGUACUCAAGGCAGCUUAUGGACAAGCUCGCUCAUCCUUCCUUCCCUCUGUGGCUGGGUACCCCCAUCCCGAAGGGGACACAAUUCAGCUUGGUGGCCAAGGGAGGGGGGAGGGUAGCAGGUGGCAGCAGCAGCUCUUUGGGGGAGGGGGAGGCCUGCUGGGGCUUCCCCUGAUUACAGUGAAAUGCUGCUCCCAAGAUGGAACAUGGUCUGCUGGCAGCUCCUUUUCCCACUGGAGUUGUUGCGCUGCUACAACUCAUGAAUGCUGGCUCUCAGUGAUAUUCAUGCUGGCAGCAUCUUCACAAACAUCUGAGGAGGAGAGGCCUGCUGGGCUUCUCCCACCAUCAGAUGAGUUUCUGCUUGCCCCCGAUACUCUGCCCUGGAACCCGAGAUGAGUUUCUCUUCUUGGAGAUGGGAUAAUGGGCAGCAGAUAGAAUUUUCAAUCAUUAUCUCGGAUAUGUAAAACCUGCAAGGGUUUUGGGGCAUUGGAACAAGCCUGAUUCCUCUUCAGGUGAGUCUAAGCCUGUUUGCCCAUCUCCAUUUGCCACUAAUACCAAGUACUGUUUACAAAAGAUGAAUUACGCUUUCUUUAGCUAAGAGCUGCUUUUAUCUGAGAGCGAGAAACAGUUUGAAUGCCGUGUUUGCAGAUUUUCUCCCCCCCCCCCCGGAAGUCAAGUAGCAUUUUAGCCCCACAGCAACAUGUGAGGUAGGUUAGGCUGAGAGACUGUGACUUCGUGGCCAAAUAGAGAUUGGACCUGGGUGCCCCCAUAUGAAAGGAAUACUUGAGUAAUUACAUAGUGAAUUCCCAACUUUUCUUUUCUCCACAGUCACCCAAGACUUGCUGGAUUCAUGGAUCUUGUAAGUACUCAGAUCUGCUUGAUAUUUUUUUUAAUUACCAUCUUUUAUUUAUUUAAGACACCUCUAUACUUCUUUUCAUCAAAUAUGUCUCAGGGUAGUUAAAAUGAUGAAGGACAAUUCUACUAUUGUGAUUACUAUUCAUCCAUCCAUUCAGUUUCAUAAUGGGAUUGAGGAAAGCUGAUUAUUUCUUGAAGUUUGCUCUGCCCCCUUCACUGGUGCUGCCUAUGCAAAAGCAAGGCAUAAGGACUAAUUCUGCACACACACAGGAUCUGAGUGUGAGGUUGACUCAAAGUCUCCCUCAUAUGGAAUGAACCUGAGGGAGUUGCAGGGCUGUUGCUGCACUGUCCUAACCGCCCCCACUGUGCGUGUUAGCCAGGCACCUCCUCCCUUGUGGGCUGGGGCUCUACAUGCAUACCACAGUAUUGGUACUGAACUUCUCCACAUCCAAUUAGCCCAGGAUCCCUCCCCUCAUGUGCAGGAACUCCUUACACAUACAUCAGCGUGUUGGGCAAUCGUCACAUGGCUUGCAGAAGUAAAAAAAACAUAAAACAGCUAGGGGGCCCUGCCUCCCCCCAAAAAAUUAGCUCAGUGAAGGCUGAGCUUCCUCAGUAGCCACAGAAUGCAGAAAGCUAGCUGGAAAAGAAACGUGGAAGUAUCUAGGAGACAGAGAUGACUGGUUAGAACACUGGAAAGGAGGCCUAGGAAGUGAGACUGUCGGAUACCAUUUUGCUGCACAUAAUAGUACAACAACAAUAACCAUUUUUUAUACUUUGUUUUUGGUGUUCUUCUCCCCUGGUUUAUGCCUGCAAGCUCCAGUCCCUUCUGACAAGACCAUCCAUUGGGAAUGGAAACCCAUUUGCCCUGGCUCUGCACUGACUGCAAGUCCCUCCUCACUGGAAAUCUUGGAAAGUGGAAUAUAUUUUGUCUAUGCUUAUGUGGCCCUUACGGAGGAGGCCUCGACUGAACAUCGCUUUUCUGUUUACCUGAUGGCCGACUCUCAAGUUCACAGUGUUUUCCAAGGGCCCAAUGCUAUGCUUGCAUUUAUAAACAUGGGAAGGCCAUAUUUCCUGAAAAAUGGAAUAAAGUUGCACUUGGACAUUAAUGAAGGACUCACACAUAUUGACAGCAAUAGAACAUACUGGGGGAUUUUAAAAAUUUAACAAAGGCAUCAACCUGUGUCAGCUUUUACUAAGUUGAAAUAACUUGCAGAAUUAAUUCCUGAGGGGGAUUCUGGAUUUCUCAGCACUACACCAAGGCGUUUGCCCAUGUUCCUGGAGGUCGGCUGGUUGCCCAGUCUUUGCCUUACAUUUUCCAAGACCAUAUGCUUUGGCUUUGCUUCACUCCAGCCAACAGGCAGACUAGAUCUUCUUGCACAAAGGAAGCAGAAACUGCAAUACUUUGACUCAUCCAAGACACAUUUGCACCAUUUAAUUGAAUAUCCUGCCUAAACCAAAGAUGGAUGGAAGGUGAACCUAGAUGUACUGGUAGAUUUCUGGGUAAUGUGCAGUAAAUUUGCAAGAAUCUCUGACUCCCAAUUGUCUAACAGUCACAACAACUAAAAAGCCUCCACCCCACCCCCAAAUUUAGGUUGCUGAGAGAUAACAUUGUGGGGAGGGAACCAGAAGGGGAUUUUUGUUUGAAAGAACUUGUGAAUGAACUUGUGAUCACUAUCAUAACUAGCCUCAUGAAGUCCUGAACUGAGCAUAUCCUUAGAGGUAUUCCCUUCAUUUAAUUAUUCAUAUAUAUAUCUGCCUAUCUUUUUAGGAUAAAAAACACUGACUUGAAUGUCAUUGGGCUUCUUCACAUGUUACAUUUUCACAAAUAAAAGCAGUAAUUAACUCACAUUUCUACCAAAUCUAAAUUUAUACAAGUACCUUCUCUUUGAGAUUUUUUAAAUCUCUGGACUUCCCCCCCAUACCCACUUCUGGUUCCUUAUAUUAACCCAAUUCUUCUGCAUUUCCAUACUUACACUUUUCCAAUUAUUAUUUCCCUUAAUUUUAUCUAAUUUUCUACUAGUUGCAUUUACUUAAAAUCCUGC